GAACAUCACUGUGCAGCAGUUGACACACGUUGGAGACACGCUAAGGUAAAGGUUAGCGCGAAUGCUAACUUUAUAACGUUUAAGAUAAUUCUCAUGAGUGUUGUAGUUUUCUUUAGAGACAGUGGACUGAUGUGCAGAGAUGCUGGCUGCGGUGCGGUGGAUAUUUAGCAAACUCGUGUCCCCGUUGUGGAGAUUAGCGGAGGAGGAUGAAGACACCAUUUUACCUGGUGUAACAGUUAAGGAUGAUAUUCAGCGCCUGAGAGGGAGUGUGGUUACGCAGCUGUACCUGGACUAUGGCAUGAUCGACAAUGCCAUUUACUUCACUAACUCUGUGGUCCGGGGAGGAAUACUGCUUAAACAAGGAGACCUAGUCAACUGUAUCGUGGUCCGAGAUUAUUCUCAAGGUGGCUUGAAAGCAUUAAUGGUGGAGAAGAGCGUAGAUGACUGGGAGGACGCAGGGAAGAGCUCUCUGGAGGCAGACAGGAUGCAGCUCAGACCGCUCAUUGGCACCGUCACAUCGUACGAUGGAGAGGGAGGUUACAUAAACCAGAACACCUACUUCUCACAUCACACUCUCUUGGAAGGGUAUGAGCCGAUGAAGGGAGACUGGGUCCAAGCCAAAUACGUCAUUAACUCAAGUGAGUGGACCACACAGGCCCAGUCUGUGGCCCCUCUGCGCUACAGCCGCUUGGACAAGGUUCAAGUGACGAGUGUAUAUGGGAGAAGUGGAGUGGUUGAGGACACAGUAUUCUUCUGCCUGGAUUCUCUGCUCCUUCCUGCGAACUACCAGCCCUCACUGGGGGACUUUGUCAACCUGGUCAUGGUGGAAAGCACUCAGUCUUUCUACAACUGGAGGGCCCUCUGUCUUGCUCCAUGUAGACCAAGUGAGAAGCCGUCAGCUGUGUUGUCUUCUGAGGCUGACCUCAUGGAAAACAAAGGAGGACUGGAUGUGUCCACUUAUGGAAACUUUGGGGAUUUGAUGAUGGGGGAAAGAAGAAGGCUGGUGCUCUGGAUUCAAAAUAAAGGUUUGGAGAUUCAGACACUGAAAUGCUGUGAGUUUGCCGACUGGGACUCAGAAAAACAGUUCUCUCUGGUCAACAUCAACUGGUCCAAAUUAGCACAACAAAAACCAUCUUCCCAAGAUCCAGACACGGCUCAUCCCGAUGUCUUUCCAGAAGAAAGUGCCACGAAAGAAGGAGAGAAAGAAAACGAAGAAGAUUCAAAGAUGCAUCCAGUCAGUUUGAGACGAGAUGAGAGAGAGGUAGAGAUCGCACCUGGAGAGAGGGUAUCCAUCACUGUGGCCUGUGAUGCCAGGAUGUUGGGGUGUUGUGCUGAGCUGUUAUUGCUGCACUUCUCCUCCUUCACCAUCGGGAGGCGCCUGGAUGUCAUGGUGGCCAGUGAAGAUGAGGCUCUGCUGAAGCCGGCUGUCCCUUAUGCUCCUUUUGACCGAAGUGCCUCCUCUGCUCCAGUUUACGACCGUGUGAUCACUGUCGCUGCUCCCAAAGACCCUCCCAAGCUCACAAAAAGGCGUUUGCCAAACUUCCUCCCAAGCUUCCUGGUGCCUCAGGCUCUGAGAGACUGUGUGGAGGCACAGAGUGAUGUGCUGGUGGUACAGCCCAGUCUGGGAGAGGUGCUGUCUGCGUCGAACAUGCACGCUCGCUUCUCCACACUGCUGUGGCUGGAGGAGCUUCAGGAAGAACAGGAGAUCCAGAAGUUCACCAUAAACGGAGCUCUCCUCAUAAAGGGCUCCACCUACCUGCACUUAGAGGUGCUGGGGCUGGCGGAGGGCCGACCCAGCCUCAAUAUAGGUGACAAAGUAGUUCUAAAGAAACCUCUCAGUGGCGGCAAAGUGAUGGAGAUUAUUAGUUAUGUUGCAGAGAUUGAUGGUGAAGAUGUGAGUUUAAGAGUGAACUUUGAAUUUCAACACAACUUUCUUGGAGAGCCUUUAGAUGUAGAGUUUUCCUACAACAGGUUAACCUCAAGACGGUGUCAUCAUGCUCUGGAUCAGGUCAAACCAUUUGCAGAAAUGCUCUUUCCAACCAGAGUAACUGUCCAGCCUCCUCAAUGGACAGGAAAAUGGUUGGAUGAAUCAGAAACGGAUAAAGAGAACAAGCAUGAGGGUCAAAUCAUGGAAAAUGGAAAGAUUUCAAGUAUUUCUAUUGACAUGAAGUCAAAGGCAACACAGACUAAAGAUGGUUCCCUGCCAUCCAAAUGUGUUCCUUGUGAAGGCCAGUUUUUUAACCCAGACUUGAACGUACCGCAGAGGGAGGCGGUGAAGAGGAUUCUGUCAGGAGAGUGUCGGCCCACUCCCUAUAUCCUGUUCGGACCCCCAGGCACAGGCAAAACCAUCACUCUGAUAGAGGCCAUACUGCAGGUGUGCUAUUUCCUGCCCAGUAGCCGCGUGCUGGUCUGUACUCCCUCCAACAGCGCGGCUGACCUCAUCUGUAUCAGACUGCAUCACAGCGGCUUCCUGGAUUCCGUCAGUUUGGCCCGUGUCAACGCCUCCUGCAGGCAGGAGGAGGCUAUCCCAGAUGUUUUGUGGUCCUACUCCAGAGCUGGUGAGGACUUAAGACACGCCUCUUUUCACAGGAUCGUGGUCACCACCUGCUCCAGCGCUGGAAUGUUCCACAAUAUCGGACUUCAAGUUGGCCAUUUUACCCAUGUGUUUCUGGAUGAAGCUGGUCAAGCCACGGAACCUGAAGCCCUGAUCCCCAUAAGCCUUGUCUCUGAAAAGGAUGGACAAAUAGUGCUGGCUGGAGACCCUCAUCAGUUGGGUCCGAUUGUGAAGUCUAAAGUGGCAGCUGCAUUUGGUCUGGGGGUUUCUUUGCUGGAGCGGCUCAUGGCUAACCCUCUGUACUCCCGACACGACUGGGGAUACAAUCCCAGGCUGGUGACUAAGCUGGUUUAUAAUUACCGCUCCCAUGAGGCUCUGCUGAUGCUGCCCUCCAGACUGUUCUAUGACGGGGAGCUGCGUGUGAAGGCGCUGCACUCUGUGGUAGAGUCCCUCUGUCAGUGGAAGGUUCUGCCCAAAAAAGGAUUUCCUCUGCUCUUCCAUGGAGCCAGGGGCACAGAGAUGAGGGAAGGAAACAACCCUUCCUGGUUUAACCCUGUGGAGGCAGUACAGGUCAUGCUCUACUGCUGCCAGCUCGCCAAGAAGCUCUACAAACCUGUGAACGCCUCUGACAUCGGCAUCAUCGCACCUUACAGGAAACAGAGUGAGAAGAUCCGUAUGCUGCUCAGAAAGGUUGGCCUGUCAGACAUCAAGGUUGGCUCAGUGGAAGAGUUUCAAGGACAAGAGUACCUGGUCAUCAUCCUCUCCACUGUCCGUUCCAAUGAAUCUUUGCCCAGUGAUGACUUGCAAAGCUCUAUUGGUUUUUUGAGCAAUCCCAAACGCUUCAAUGUUGCCAUCACUCGGAGUAAAGCUCUCCUCAUAAUCGUUGGAAAUCCUCACAUCCUCAUUCGGGAUCCUUGCUUCAGGUCCCUUCUGGAGUACAGUUUCAUCAAUGGAGCUUAUCUGGGCUGUGAUCCUCCUCCCUGCCUCAAAGAUACUCCAGUAGUUGCAGCAGCCCCAAGUACAUAAGAGGAGAGAUGACAAGAUACUCUGCCUUUUGAAAAAAUAAAUCCUGUUUCCUGUUUUGGAUAAAAUUUGACCGUUCGUAUUUUUAGCUAGAGCUUUUUCAUGCUCAUUUGUGUAGUUUAGUCCUGCUUUUGUAGUAGUGAUUAUUUAAUCCUGGUAUUUGUAUUCCUUCCUGGUAUUCCUUGCGUCUGUUCACCUCGGUGUGGCUGAGUCUGCUCUGUUUAAUCAAUAAAAAAACCCUGUUCUUUCAG